AGUUUAGUGACGACAUCGAUCUGUUAUCUCUCGCACACACACACACACACACAACUGGCUCUCGCCUCCCUUCGUCGCUCUGUAGAAACACACCCACACACACACGCACAAAUCCAAAUCCUGCUGUUUGACCUGAUCUCUUCACUCAUCUGCGACUCUUCCUACAAUGACUACAAGCUGUCUGAUCUUUCUGAUCCUGCUCGGAUCGUGCCGAUGUCUUACCAGAACAUAUUAUAUCGCGAUUCAUGAGGUCUACUGGAAUUAUGCACCUAGUGGAAAGAAUCUGAUCAAUGGCCUGAAAAUCAAACAAGACGAGCAUGCCUCGAUAUUUCUGGACAAUGGUCCAAACCGGAUUGGUAGCGUGUACAAAAAAGCUGUGUAUAAGCAGUACACAAAUGAGAAUUUCUCUACUGAGAUCCCUAAGCCAGUGCAGCUGGGCUUCCUUGGACCCGUGAUCCGUGCAGAAGUGGGUGAUGACAUCGUGGUGCACAUGAAGAACUUUGCAUCUCGAAAUUAUUCAAUCCAUCCUCAUGGAGUCUUUUAUGAGAAGGAUUCUGAAGGUGCACUGUAUCCGGAUGGUACAUCUGGUCGUAAUAAGCAAGAUGAUGCUGUGGCUCCUGGUGCAAAAUACACGUACACUUGGAAGGUGACAGAAGAGUUUGCCCCGACCGAAUCUGACCCCACCUGCCUCACCUGGAUCUACCACUCCCAUGUAGAUGCACCUAGAGACAUUGCAUCGGGGCUUAUCGGGGUUCUUCUCACCUGCAAUAAGGGAGUCCUAGACAACACUGGAACUCAACGCUCUGAUGUGGAUCAAGAGUUCUUCCUGAUGUUCAGUGUAGUCGAUGAAAAUCUUAGUUGGUAUCUUAAGGACAACAUUCGCAAGUUCAGCCCUGGUGCUGCUAAUCUUCAAGAUGAUGACGACUUUCUGGAGUCCAACCUUAUGCACUCGAUCAACGGUUUUGUUUAUGGUAACUUGCCACCGUUAAACGUCUGUGCCAGACGUACUGUGUCUUGGCAUCUCUUUGGCAUUGGCAACGAAGUAGAUAUUCAUUCAGUAUACUUUCAUGGCCACACCCUGCUCAACCAUGGACAUCGUACUGACGUGCUCAGCCUGUUUCCUGCCACUUUUGUCACGGCAAAAAUGGUUCCCAUGACAACAGGAAAGUGGCUGUUAAGUUGUCAAGUGAAUGACCACAUGCAAGCAGGUAUGCAGGGCUUCUAUCAGGUGUCUUUGUGUGGGAAGGAUGACGCUGCACCCACAGUCCCUCCUGGCCACGAGAGACGUUUCUACAUUGCUGCUGAGGAGGAGAUUUGGGAUUACGCCCCUUCAAUGAUGAACAGAUUAACAAAUGAACCACUGGAUAAGAACGGAAGUGAUGCUGCAGAAUUCUUCAGUAAAGUGGACGGCAGGUUGGGCGGAAAGUACUGGAAAGUCAGAUACAUUGGAUACCAUGAUGACACAUUUACCACCAAGAUUGAUCAGCAUGGCUCAGAACACCAUUUUGGCUUUCUGGGUCCAGUUAUUAGAGGAGAACCUGGAGAUAUCAUUGUGGUAACCUUUCGGAAUAAUGCAUCGAACAACCACAGCUUGCAACCUCAUGGUCUGUCGUAUGAUAAACUUUACGAAGGGGCCAUGUAUCAAGACGGUUCUCAGAAAGCAGGGGCCAGUGUGGCACCAGGUCAGACCUUUACCUAUCGAUGGAGGGUGAUGGAAGGCCCCUCGCCCAGUGACCCACCCUGCCUGUCAUACCUGUAUUACUCAGCUACAGAUCCUGUCCGGGACACCAACUCUGGUUUGGUGGGACCGUUACAGGUGUGCAAGAAAGGAGUUCUGGAUGAGAGUGGUCGACAGCAUACAGGGUCGGAGGUGCAGAAAGAAUUUUUUCUGCUCUUCACCGUGAUUGAUGAGAAUGAAAGCUGGUAUCUGGAGAAUAAUACCGAUGAGUUUGGGAGUGAUGAUUCAGACCCAGAAAGCCCAGCAUUCCAAGAGAGCAACAAAAUGCACUGUGUAAAUGGCUUCAUGUACGGAAACCUUCCUGGCCUUGAUCUGUGCGAGGGGGACCAUGUUGUAUGGCACCUGCUAGGCUUGGGUACAGAAGUGGAUCUCCACGGCGUUUAUUUUCAGGGAAACACGUUUCAGCGGGACGGCAAUACACACGACACACUUAACCUGUUUCCUCACACCAGUGUCACUGUCUCCAUGGUACCAGACAAUGACGGUGUGUUUGGGCUGAGUUGUCGUACAGCUGAUCACUACCGUGGUGGCAUGCUCCAGCUGUAUACAGUCAAACGCUGCACAACAAACCAGAACCAUGAAUCGGAGGCUACGACCUUCCAGCCUGAUGUGUAUUUCUACUUGGCUGCUGAAGAAGUAAUGUGGAACUAUGCCCCAAACCGGACAUGGGAGCUGGAGAAUCACCACAAUACUCUAUAUGAGAGCCCUGGAAAUGUUUUCCUCAAUAAAUCUGAGAACCGGAUUGGCUCUGAAUACAAAAAGGUGGUUUACAGCCAGUACACAGACAACACCUUUACAAAGAAGAAGCCCAGAGGUCCUGAUGAGGAGCAUCUUGGCAUUCUGGGUCCCAUUCUCAGGGUGGAGGUUGGGGAGAAGGUUCAAGUUGUGUUUAAGAACAAUGCCAGCAAGCCAUAUUCAGUUCAUGCUCAUGGUGUGAAGGCCCGAGAGAAAAACCUGAAACCUGUUGCUCCAGGUGAUGUUAUAAAGUAUAACUUGACUAUCAGUUCAGGACCUGGGCGUUCUGAUCCCAACUGCAUAACCUUUGUUUAUUACUCAUCAGCAAACUUUGUCAAGGAUUUGGCGAGUGGCCUGGUUGGACCAUUGCUGGUGUGUCGUAAAGGCACUCUAAACAAAGCCAGACACCGAAUGGAUGUGAACAAAGAAUUCGCUCUGCUCUUCAUGGUCUUCGAUGAGAAUGAAUCCUGGUAUCUGAACGACAAUAUUAAAACACAUCUAGGCAAAGACCCAGACACUUUUGAUAAAGACGAUGAGGGAUUUUUGGAGAGCAACAUGAUGCAUGGUAUUAACGGGAAACUGUAUGGCAACCUGCACGGUCUGAAGAUGCAGCGAGGAGAUAGGACCACGUGGCACUUAAUGGGGUUGGGAAACGAGAUAGACAUGCACACAGUGCACUUUCACGCUCAGAGCUUCAUAUACAAGACGGAUUACCCCCACCGUGCUGAUGUGUACGACUUGUUCCCUGGAACAUUUAAAGGGGUGGAUCUGAUAGCUGGAACUCCUGGAACGUGGCUCCUUCACUGCCAUGUGACAGACCACAUUCAUGCCGGCAUGGAGACAACCUUCACCAUCAACGAGUCAGAAACAAGGAAACAUGGGGGAAAUGGCUGCACAUGUUUGCACAGUUUACCCCUCAUCCCACUAUUCGUCGCAGUGGCAUUCUGGCUUCAGUGACUCACAAAAGAUUAAUCGGAAUCUACUUCACUCCAAACUGUGGUUUGAACAGAGACAAGUGGGAGGCAGAAAAGUACACUACAAAUUGCACACUAUGUUUGUGGACAUUCAGCCAGCUGACAGAAUGAAUGCCUUAACGGGGCCGACUCACCUUUCCCAGGAUCCUCUGCGCCAAGGAGUGAGUCGCCAUUUUUAAUGCUAGCAAUAUUUCUAAAACAAUCCACAACAACUCCAGGCUAUAGAUCUUAAAUUGUAUCUUAAAAUUUAAGAUACUUUGUCACAGUAUUUAUAUUUUAAGUCCUGACUAUUCCAAAGAUAAGGCAUAUUUUGUUCUAAGCUUCUACAUAUGACACUUGGAUAAUGGAAAAGUUUGAGACGGCUUUUGAAGGAUCACUAAUGGUGACUUUGCAGAGGUUUGGCUGUACAAAUAACGAGCAGGUAGCAGUCACAUGCUUUCAAAAUAAAAACAAUGAGCUGGAACAAACUGUGAAGGGCUAACCUGACCCCCUUAAGUAUGUUUUGCCAAAAGUACUUUUCUCUUAUGCAUGUUUAUAGGUGCAGUGUUAUAUAGGGUAAGUCAAAAAGUUCUAAGAUAGCUUUGUUAUUUUUAUUUCUGAAAAUAACAAAGCUAUUUCUCUACAUAUCCUCCAUUUAAGUCUAAACACUAAUGCAAGUGGUAUUUCCAUCAGAGAAUUCCUUCUCUGUAGAAUUCUGGGGGAUGUCUUUCACACUUUUUGAAAUUAUAACAUCUGUCUGAGAACAUUUUGACUGACCAUCGUGUGUGUGUGUGUGUAUAUCCAUGUAGCCGCUUAUCCUGUCCUACAGGGUCGCGGGCAAGCUGGAGCCUAUCCCAGCUGACUAUGGGUGAGAGGCAGGGUACACCCUGGACAAGUCGCCAGGUCAUCACAGGGCUGACACAUAGACACAGACAACCAUUCACACUCACAUUCACACCUACGGUCAAUUUAGAGUCACCAGUUAACCUAACCUGCAUGUCUUUGGACUGUGGGGGAAACCGGAGCACCCGGAGGAAACCCACGCGGACAUGGGGAGAACAUGCAAACUCCACACAGAAAGGCCCUCGCUGGCUACUGGGCUCAAACCCAGGACCUUAUUGCUGUGAGGCGACAGUGAUAACCACUACACCACCGUGCCACCUGCCUGAAAUGAUGAUGCCAGAACUGACCACAUGGCUGCAUUCUUGUAUUUAAACUUUAUUACACAUACCAAAAGCAUAGUGUUGCACUGAAGUUUGAGCAGGAAAAAAAUACAUUCAGUCUUCUAGUGAUGCUUAUAUACAGUGCAUGCAUUACAUCUGUGAGUGUGUUAUUGUUUUUUGGGGGGUUGAUUUCUAGCCCUUUUACUCCACAAACUUGAAUUAGAGUUUUACAUCUUUCAGUAUUGCCUUUGCUGUUGAACAGUGAUCAAUGUGACUGCUAUUUAAUAAACAACAUUUACUAUUCA